AUGGCCACCAGCAUGGUAGAGCUGCUCGCCCUACUUAGGGGACCAAACCGCGCAUCCUCGAGCUCCACGCCUCCACCGGGACAAGGACCAACAGCCGACCCAACUCCUUGGGUUCCGCCGACUCAGGCCUCGGAGAACAUGGAGGUGCCCGCGCCGCCAACACUGCAUACGUCCAUGGCUCACCCCUUCACCAGCCCAUUUCCGCCGACCCCCACGGCCGUCCCUCUUCCACCGACGUCAUUCCUCACUUCGGACCAGGUCCUGUCCACAUCGCCACCGGUUUCUAUGCCGGUCCCGGCCGCGAUCUAUGCCGCCCAACCACCGACGAUUUUCCCGGCCUCAAGCGCACCUGCUCCGACUCAUCCUCAAGCCGCAGAGCUUUCCUCCUACCUGCCUCUACAACCUCACACUAGUUUUCCCUACCAAGCACCGCCGCCGAUAAACACUGCUUUCCACGAACCGGGCACGCCGACUCACGCGGCCCAAUUCGCCUCGCCGACUCACUUUUUCGCCGAGGCUGACACCGAACAGGAGCGAAGACUCAAGAGGAUGGAAGAGACAAUACGGGCCCUGCAGGCGAGCGAUAGUCGACCCGAUGCGCGCUAUGGUGACUGUAGUCUGUUCCCGGGCAUGCGAUUACCAUCGAAUGUCAAGAUCCCGGAAUUCAGGAUUUAUGAAGGCACGACGGAUCCGCGGCACCAUCUCCGCCAUUACCAGGGGAAGAUGCUACAAUACUGGGACCACGAGGAAUUCGUCAUUCACUCAUUCCAAGACAGCCUGUCGGGAUCCGCUCUCGAUUGGUUCAUGUCUCUGAAGGCCGAGGACAUUCCAACAUGGGCGGACCUUUCCUGGAAGUUCAUCGACCAGUACCAAUACUGUGCAGAAACGCCUCCGACCCUCUUGGAACUAAGCUUGAAAGAGAUGGCGCAAGGCCAAAGAUUCGAGGAAUACGCCACCAAAUGGCGCGCCCAAGCGGCAAAGCACAUCCCUCCGAUCAGCGAGGCACAACAGAUCCAGCUAUUCCACUCCACGCUGAGAGGAGUAUAUUACUCGCAUUUGUUGGCCCACACCUCCUCAUUCUCCGAUCUCAUCGAGGCCGGGAAAAAGCUCGACUUGGGCAUUAAGCUUGGCAGGAUGGAAGGCCCCGCCAGUAAAGGAGAGGAGUCAUCGAAGAAGGUCCCCGUAAUGUCGUCAUCCUCCGGCAGAAGGAGAGGGAAGGAAGUCUCGGUGAAUGCCGUCAAUAUGGCACAUCAGGCGUCCCAGCAGUAUUCAGCGAAUUUCACGUCCGCACCUCCUGUGGCGCCCUCCUACGCCCCGCAUGCACCUCAAUACCGGCCUCAACCCCCUACCCAACCGAUCUACUAUUCCGCACCACUGCCUCCACCCCCACCUACGGUGCCGUCGCCCGUCAUCCACCAUUAUACCCCUACUCCAUCCCAAGCACUCCAAUACCAACCCCCGGCUCCGAGGAUUUCUCAGCCAACGCAACGAGCCCCACCCCCACAAGGUCAACAAGGCGGUACGGCACCUCCGCGGCCCCGCAAGCAAUACCCGAACCUGCCGGUCCCGCUUUCCCACAUCUACCAGCAAAUUCGCGACAAGAUUGGGACAAUAGCGCCCCAGCCGAGCUUUGACCCAACCAUCCAAGAUCAAAGCAAGCAGUGCGAGUACCAUCGGGGGGCGCCAGGGCAUACCUUGGACGCUUGUUGGAGGUUAAGGGAGAGGAUCCAGGAGAUGAUUGACGCGAAGGAGCUUGUAUUCAACGCCGUAAGAUCUCCGAACGUACAAGCUAAUCCCCUUCCCGACCAUGGGCCGGCUCGGGGGCCCUCCAUCAACAUGAUCACCAUAUGCACAUCAGGGGAGGGCGAGAGCGAGCAAGGUUGUCCCUCUCCCUUCGUGAUUGAGUAUGUACCCGCAGAAGCCGCAGUCGGGUUCACCGGGAUUGACACACCUCCUGCCCCGUUCAUCAUAGAUAUUCCUGCCCGAGAAUCGUACUCGGAUGACAAGGUCCCCUGGACCUAUGAAGGAAGUGUCGGAAACCUCGAGCAACAAUUCGGCGUCAUGGGCAUAACCCACUCGGGAUGGCUGUAUGAGAGUCCGGCAAUCACGGACAAAGGGAAGGCACCCGCAGCAGGAGUUGAGGUCACGUCCGAAGCCCCGCCUAUUCCGCCCAAGAAAGUGACUGAAGAAGAAGCCGAAGCCUUCAUGAAGAUCAUCAAGGCAAGCGAAUAUAAGGUGGUGGAACAGAUGGCCAAAUCUCCGGCCCAUAUAUCAUUGCUCGCGCUCCUCCUCGGUUCAGAACCACAUAGGGAAGCCUUCCUACGGGUCUUAACGGCUGCACAAGUUCCCAAAGGGACAUCUCCGGAUCGGAUAGAGGAGACCGUCAGCUCCAUCUUCUCCAGUACCAUCUCAUUUUCCGACGAUGAGCUCCCCUCUGAAGGAUGCACACAUUCCCGGGCGCUGCACAUUGUUUGCAAGUGCAACAACCAUAUUGUAGGCCGAGUCAUGAUCAACAACGGCUCCGCGCUCAACGUGUGCCCGGUGAUCACUUUGAAACAGAUGAACGUAGACCUCAACCGCGUCCGCCCGAGUAAGACCGCGGUCCGAGCUUUCGACGGCUCGCGGAGGGAGGUGAACGGGGAAAUCGACCUCCUCAUAGAGGUUGGCCCGUGCUCUUUUAGCGUCACGUUCCAAGUGCUCAAUAUCCCAAACACCUUCAGCCUACUACUCGGAAGACCUUGGAUCCAUUCAGCUGGUGCCGUCCCCUCCUCUCUACAUCAGAAACUGAAAUUCAUCGUCGAAGAGAGGCUUAUCACGGUCAAGGGGGAGGAAGACUACGCCAUCUAUAAAGAGACGGCAGUCCCUUACAUCAGUGUCGGAAACGACGAAAAUCUACCCUUCCAUUCCUUCGAGACCAUCUCCGUCAUUCGGGACUACGGAGAGAUCGAACCGUCCCGCGCCGACCCCAUGAUAGGGAAAGUCCUUUUGCACCACAACUACGUACCUGGCACCGGCCUUGGGGCGCGCGGCCAAGGGAUCAGUCGCCCCAUUAAGGUUGAGGAAUACAAGCAUGGGAGGGGACUCGGCUUCCGCUCCUCCUGCCAUGAAAUCAUUGAAGCCCGCCGAGGCAACCAUCUCCACCGCCUCGCCACGCACUAUGGGAGGCUCAACAGGGGGUUGGAGGCCUCGAAUGCUAAAACUAAGCUCGGAAAUGGAUUUAGGAGGUCGAAAUUAGGUGGGCCCUCUUUUCCUCCGAAUUCUCCCUGUUCUCUUUUCACUCCUCCCUUUUUAAAGUUGCUGCCUCCAAUCUGA